CCUUCUCCUCAUUCCCGCUGGGAUCGUCCGACACGGCGACACCAUGAGUCGCUCCGGGCACCGGGGGGAGGAUGAAACCCUCAUUGAGAUGACACUGACCGAUGAUAUUUCUGUACUAAGCGACUUCCGGAGCCCAGAUUCGGCAGGGGAUGAAAGCAACGGGGCCCUAAAAGACAAUAGUUCCAUCACCGACUCGGAACUGCCCGGCAACUCGGAGGGCUUGAGCAGCACAGAAAGUACAUUUCUCAUCUCCAACCACCAGAGGAUAGACAAAAAUGAGCAGAGCAAGGACUCGGUGUUCUUCCGGGAUGGAAUCCGGCGGAUAGAUUUCAUUCUUUCCUACACUGAAGAGACCGGCAAAGAGGCUGAGAAGAAAGCGGAGAGAAGAAAAGACUAUGAAUUAAAUUUACAGAAAUCGGGGUUAGAAUUAGAGACAGAAGACAAAAAGGAAUCGGAAAAUGGAAAAACCUACUUUAUAAAAAUCCACGCCCCCUGGGAGGUCCUAACGACUUACGCUGAAGUCCUUAACAUCAAGAUGCCGAUCAAGGCUGACGAUUUAACCGAAGAAUCGGGGAACCUCCUGAAAAAUGUUCUGAAACCAUUCAGACUCCCGCAUGAAGUCAUGUACCCCGAGCCGGAUUAUUUCACUGCGCCAUUCCAGAAGGGCAAACAGGAGCUCUUCCGUAUUGAGGACAGGGAACAAUUCUUCACCCCAUCUAUCCGGAACAGAAUUGUCUAUUACAUUCUGUCUCGCUGUCAUUAUGGGGAUGAAGAGGGGAAGAAAAAGUUUGGGAUUAAGAGACUCUUGAGUAAUGGCUCUUACUUGGAUGCCUUCCCCCUGCACGAUAGUCAGUAUUGCAAGAAAACAGAUGAAAAGAAUUGUGAGAGAUACACUCUGUAUACACACUGGGCAAAGUUUACUCACUUCUAUAAGGAGCAACCUCUGGAUCUGAUUAGGAAAUACUAUGGGGAGAAGAUCGGGAUCUAUUUCGCCUGGUUGGGUUUCUAUACAGAAAUGCUUUUUUAUGCUGCUGUCGUUGGAUUUUUCUGUUUUCUCUAUGGCUGCAUAACAAUGGAUGACAGUAUCAGUAGUAAAGAAAUCUGCGACCCCAACAUUGGCGGGCAGAUCAUCAUGUGCCCCCUGUGUGACAAACGCUGUGAGUUUUGGAGGUUAAAUACCACGUGUGAGCCCUCGCAGUAUUCUCAUAUGUUCGACAAUGUGGCCACCCUGUUCUUUGCCAUAUUCAUGGGGAUUUGGGUGACCCUGUUCCUGGAGUUCUGGAAGAGGCGGCAGGCCCGGUUGGAAUAUGAGUGGGACUUGGUGGAUUUUGAAGAGGAGCAGCAGCAGCUCCAGCUGAGACCAGAAUACGAAUCCAAGUGCACGGAGAAGAAGAAGAAUCCAGUGACUCAGGAGAUGGAGCCCUAUUUGCCUCCCUCUAGCAAGGCGGUUCGGUUCUGCUUCUCGGGAGCUACGGUUUUGUUCUGGAUUGCGCUGAUUAUUGCCAGUAUCAUUGCCAUUAUAGUCUAUCGGCUGUGGGUCUAUGCAGCGUUCGCCAGUAUCAUGGAAAAUAAUCAAACCCUGGCGCCUGUGAGCAACUUGCUGACUCCUCAGCUGGCCACGUCCGUCACGGCCUCCGUCCUGAACUUUAUCACCAUAAUGAUCCUUAACUUCUUGUACGAGCGCGUUGCCAUAUGGAUUACUGAUAUGGAAGUCCCAAGGACCCACCUGGAGUAUGAGAACCGACUCACAAUGAAAAUGUUCCUCUUCCAGUUUGUCAACUACUAUUCCUCCUGCUUCUACGUUGCGUUCUUUAAGGGCAAGUUUGUGGGUUACCCUGCCGAUUACACCUACUUGUUCGGGCAGUGGAGAAAUGAAGAGUGUGACCCAGCUGGGUGCCUUAUAGAACUGACCACUCAGCUCACCAUCGUUAUGGCUGGAAAGCAAAUCUGGGGCAACAUUCAAGAAGCAUUUGUUCCGUGGACGUGGAAUUGGUUGAAGCGCAGGAAAGCCAGGAAUCAUCCAGAAAAUCUCUACAACCGAUGGGAACAAGAUGGCGACCUUCAAAACUUUGGCAGUCUGGGUUUGUUCUACGAGUAUCUUGAAAUGGUGGUUCAGUUUGGAUUCAUUACGCUGUUUGUGGCCUCCUUCCCGCUGGCGCCUCUACUCGCUCUUCUGAACAACAUCCUGGAGAUUAGGGUCGACGCAUGGAAGCUGACCACAUUAUUUAAGAGACCGGUAGCUGCCAAGGCGCACAGCAUCGGGGUGUGGCAAGAAAUCCUGAACAGCAUUGCUAUUCUCUCAGUUGUAACAAAUGCUUUCAUCGUGGCCUUCACGUCAGACAUGAUUCCUCGCCUGGUGUACUAUUAUGCCUACACGCAAGAUACAGACACGCCCAUGUCUGGAUACAUUAACAGCAGCCUUUCUGUUUUUAAUGUCGCUGAUUUUAAGGAGCAGAGCAUGCCCACGGAAAAUGACAUGAACGUCGUCAGCUGCAGGUAUCGAGACUAUCGCUAUCCCCCUGGUCAUGAAAAGGAGUACAAAACCACCAUGCAGUACUGGCAUAUCCUUGCUGCCAAGAUGGCCUUCAUCAUUAUAAUGGAGCAUGUAGUCUUUCUUUUCAAAUUCUUCGUGGCCUGGCUGAUCCCUGACGUCUCAUCGGAGGUGAAGGCUCGGGUCAAACGUGAAAAGUUUCUGACGCAAAAGAUCUUACACGAAUAUGAAUUGGAGAUGCUGAAGGAAAAGCUUUGCAACAAGAGCCAACCUCUAUCGAAUGACAAGGAAUUUAUAGCCACCAAAGGCAAGGUGGAACUUUCUGCGUCCAUGUAGCAUUGACCCUAACUGCCGAUGGUGACAUCUUUUGCCUUUUAGCCCAAAAUACAGCCAUAUUACCUUCUUCAGCACCUCUAUAUUAUGUAGUUAUGUUUUGUCUUUUUUAAUUUAAGCUAUUUUUGUUUAAGAAGUUUUUUUGGGGGAAAUUUUUGACUCCAUGCUCAGAUUUCCAUAUCAAGGCAGUUGUGUACCCUUUGCCGUACAGAAUCGAUGUAGACCAAAAAUUGGCAUUUAGGUAAAACAAUGAGUAUGUUAUAAUUAGUGUGGCCCCCAACUGCUGGUGGGACUGGGAAGGCUCACUUUGAUAGGCUGCAUAGCCUAUCAAAGUAUAUACAAGGUAUGGGUGCUCUUGAAUUAGGCAGGGAGUACUGACAGCAACAAGAGCAUCUCUGGGAGUUUUGGUUCAGCCUCUGAUUUUUGGGAGUUGGAUACACUUAAGGGUUAUUCUGUAGCACAGUUUUCUGAAUAAUGCAUGAUAGCAUAAAUAUAAUACAGGUAUGGGAUCUGUUAUCCAGAAUGCUUGGGACCUGGGGGUUUCCGGAUAAAUGUUAUUGCCGUAAAUUGGAU